AUGGCUAACUAUUAUCAUUGGACAAAUCAUGGUGAACCAAUACCCCCAAUUCCUCCUAUGGUUGCAGAUCAAUCAUACUAUGCUAGUAAUGGGCCUAGGGAAAUGUUUGAUAAUUAUCAACAAUUGGUCAUGGAUGCUGCUGGACCAGAAAUUGGCACCCACCUUGACCAACAUGAUGAUGACAACAACAACAUAAUGAUGGAAGAUCCAAACGUAGAGGCACAAAAAUUCUUUCAAAUGUUAAAGGAUGCACAAUCUCCUUUAUGGGAUGGUUGUGAUAAAUAUUCUGUUUUGUCUGCUUCUUUAAGAGCUUUAACUUUGAAAACAGACUAUGGUUUAUCCGAAGGAUGUUUUAAUGAAUGGAUGCAAUUUAUGGGGGAUAUAAUGCCAGAUGACAAUCGUUUUCCUAAAAAUAUUUACCAAGCAAAGAAAACAGUUGCUGAAUUGGGGUUAGGAAGUAUGAAAAUUGAUUGUUGUCCAAGUGGAUGUAUGUUGUACUACAAGGAAAAUGAGAUGCUCCAAAAUUGUAAAGUUUGUCAAAGGCAGCGAUAUAAACGUUUUACAAGACGAGGUAAGGACAAAGUAGUGCCACUUAAAAGUAUGUGGUACUUCCCUCUUGUUCCUAGGUUGAAACGAUUGUAUUCUUCAAUGCAAACAGCUCAUGAAAUGAAAUGGCAUCAUACUCAUCAAAGAGAACCUAGUUCUUUGUCUCAUCCCUCAGAUGCAGAAGCUUGGAGACACUUUGAUGAAACAUGGCCUGAUUUUGCUCAAGAGCCUCGAAAUGUUCGAUUAGGGUUGUGUGCUGAUGGCUUUGCUCCAUUUGACAAAACUGGUAGGACUUAUUCUUGUUGGCCUGUAAUUGUUACUCCUUAUAAUUUGCCGUCGUGGUUGUGUAUGAGAAGAGAGUUCAUGUUCUUAACCAUUAUAAUUCCUGGGCCAUCCAACCCAAAGAAUAAAGUUGAUGUGUACUUGCGCCCCCUUAUAGAUGAAUUAAAAAUGCUAUGGGAUGAUGGAGUUAUGACUUAUGAUGUGUCCUUGAAGCAAAAUUUUUUGAUGAGAGCAGCUUUGAUGUGGACGAUCAAUGAUUUUCCAGCCUAUGGGAUGUUAAGUGGUUGGAUGACAAUGGGAAGACUUGCUUGCCCAAUUUGUAUGGAAAAUAAUAGAGGGUUUAGCCUUGCAUGUAGUAAAAAGACAUCAUGGUUUGAUUGCCAUCGUCGAUUCUUACCACAAGAUCAUCCAUAUAGAAGGAAUAAGACUUCAUUUACAAAAGGCAAAGUUGAGGUUCUAACUCCUCCACGAAGGUUGAGUGGUCAAGAAAUAUGGGAAAGGGUUCAACAUCUACCAAGUAUUGAAGAAUCGCAAGAACAAAAUCCAUCAGGCUAUGGGAAAGGGCACAAUUGGACAAAAUGA